ACACAUCUAUAAAUAACAAUAAUGAUAUUAAUAAUUAAUACACUUUCACCUUGAAGUGUGGUAACAUGAGAUAACCAUAUUUUAUUUCCCUUGUGUCAACAUGACGCACUAUUGUCAUUGGAGUGUAUUCCACCUUCUUUUCUGUAUUGCGGUUUUAAGCAUGGAUUCAGUUAUAACCAAGUGCUUAAGCCAGGUAACUUCAGAAGCUAAGCUGCCACAGCAGUCUUGGGAGGAAAACAUAAGUGGAGAUCAAGGCCCUGAAAAUUCACUCUUUCCUGGAUAUGUAUAUAGGACAGUGCUGGGUCAGAAUAUUUACCAAUGUGUAUUAUCAUGUCAUAAAGAUGACAGGUGCAAAUCUUUCAACCAUUAUUCGAGUCAAAAUAUUUGUGAAAUAAACAGCAAUGAUCGUAUUACACAGCAAUCUCAACAAGCUGAUUCUUCUAUAUUAGAGUGGUAUGAAGUAGAUGGACUAUGGGUUACUGCAGUUAAUGGACUUGUACCAACCACUGGGGCAAAGUAUUACUCUAGAAAUGCAUUUCGAUACUUAAAGGAGUUCAAAAAUGAGCCCUGUGCAAGUUCUCCAUGCAAACAAGAGGAUUUGUGUUCACCUUCAUUCAAUAAUUCAUUUAAAACAGCCCUCUGUCAAAGAUACAUUUUCUCACCUCAAAUUUACAAAAGUUACUACAUGCCUUCAAACUGGGUCAGUUGGGGAGAAUGUUCAGAGGUUUGUGGUGGUGGAAGCCAAGUAAGAACUAGAUUGUGGCCAGCUAAGUUUUCCUGGAUGGUGGGAGAAGUCACCAACAAGAGAUUGUGCAACCAGCAUGUCUGUCCCAUUUGGGCAGAAUGGAAUGCAUGGAGCAAAUGUGAAUCCGUAAAAAAUUGUGGAAGUGGAAAACAGAAUCGGACACGAAAUUGUUUGCUUGAAUCACCACUGAGAAAUCUUACAUGCACAGGAAGUUCAAAUGAUGAAACAGAUUGUCGACAAAAUUCUUGUGACGCACCAGUAGGGCUUUCAUAUAAGACCCAAGGAUUUGUUUACUUGUAUGACGACAGUGAUCCAUUUAAUCCAAAGUGGAGGCCAGUCUGUCUGGGUAAUAACACCACGAGUUUCGAAAAUGAAAGAUUAGAAGCACAUGCACAACUAGUUGUGUGCAAACAGAUUGGAAUGUAUGUAGAUGACCCUACAACUGUGAUCAACAAACGGUAUCAACAAAACUCUUUCUCAUUUAAAUCUUGCAAUUUAAACACAAAUUACUUGAUGGAAUGUGAACCAGCACCGUUAGAACCAAACACCGCAUGCAGUCAGCUACAUGCUGUAUGUAGUGAUGUGAAGAUAAGACAUUAUGUGAAGCCACCGACAGAAAUAACAUGGAAUCUCGUACAAGAUUACUGUGAAAUUAAAGGCAGAAAAAUGUGUUCUUUUAGUGAAAUAUUUCCAAAUGCACCGGCCAACUAUGAUGUAGUAAUUACAGGGAUAAUUAGUGGAAACCAUUGGGUACCAAUCAGAGACCAAUACAAUGAGUGGGCAUUAGUUGGAAACUGGUAUCAUCGAACGGGCUGGAUUUUCAGUAAACAUUUUGGUAGGCAGCCCACCUGGGGUGAAUACCCAACGUACAACUCUAGAAAAAGCAACUAUUUCUGCUGUGGUUAAAAAAGUCUGGAGAACAUUUCGUAAUGAAUGUAUUUGUAACAUACAUUUAAUAUUAGGCUGUAUAACAGUGUCUAACUUAACCAGGCUUUAAAAUGUUUACUUACAAAAGUGAAUGGGUUGAUAUUACGUCAGCGA